UGUUCCGUCUUGGUUGAAUUAGAAUGGGAGAAGUGGCUGCUCAGAUUCCGACGAGGUUCGGCCACGAGCUCAGGGCUUGUCUUCGAUGCCGCCGUGUCAAAAUCUACGAUCAGAUUAGGGAUUCUGGGUGCGAGAAUUGUCAUUUCUUCAAGCUAGACGAGGUUCCUGAGCGUAUCGUCGAUGUUACCACCCUUAACUUCAACGGAUCGUCACCCACAACAGCAGCCGAAGAGGAAAAUAAAACGAACUCUCUCUACUACUCGCUCUCGCUCUUGCUCGCGUUCCCAGAUUCUUCGAUCGGCGAAACCUUUAGUCAUCUAAUCUCCGCAGAGCUGCUGUGCAGUGAUGGCUACUCUCGAGAAGGAUCUUAUGUUCUUGAUUCUUCAAUUUCUCGAUGAAAAGAAACACAAGGAAACUGUUCACAGAUUGGAAUCGGAGUCUGCUUGUUACUUCAACAUGCGUUACUUUGAAGAACUUGUGGCUCAAGGCAAGUGGGACGAAAUGGAGAAGUAUCUUUCUGGAUUCACCAAGAUUGAGGAUAACAAACAGUCCAUGAACAUCUUCUUUGAAAUCCGAAAGCAUAAGUAUCUCGAAGCAUUAGAUAAGCGUGAUCAUGCAAAAGCUUUGGACAUAUUCUUCAAGGAUCUGAAGGUGUUUGAAUUAGAAACUUAUAAUAAAGAUCUCUUCAAGGAAAUGUCCCUGCUUUUGACAAUGGAUGACUUUAGAGCUAAUCCGAAAAUCUCCACGUACGGGGAUACAACGUCGGCAAGGGGUAAUUUGUUCCGUGGAUUAGAAAAACUGAUAGAGGCUAAUCCACUUCUCCGCGACAAACUUCAGUUUCCUGUUUUGGGGACUUCAAGGCUGCGUACUCUAAUCGGGCAAAGUUUAAACUGGCAGCAUCAUCUAUGUAAGAAUGCUAUGCCAAAUCCUGACAUCGAAACUCUGUUUGUGGACCAUACUUGCGACCAACCGAUUACUAUUUUUCGGCCUGUUCCACGUGCAACAAUCCCACCUUCUCUUUUAGAAUGGAUCUCUAAUCCAGCUGCUAUUUUAGUGGGCCCUCAGACUCCUUCUGGUCAUAUGGAAAAUCAAACUGCUGAUUCUGACAAUCCUUUGAAGAGGUCAAGGCCGUCUGGAACCUCACAGGAGGUGAGUAAUAUUUCGCCAGUUCCAUAUUCUGGCCAGCCCCAUGGACGUAAUACAAUAUCACUUGAUGAGUUUCCCAAGGUAGUUGUUACAACUCUUGCUCAGGGUUCACGUGUCACGAGCAUGGACUUCCAUCCAAUUCAGCAAAUUUUACUACUGGUUGGUACAAUUGGUGGUGAUGUUUUCCUGUGGGACGUGGGUGCUCGUCAAAUGAUUUCGGAGAAGGGAUUUGAAGUCUGGAAGCUUGAUGCUUGUUCAAAAGAAUUGCAGGCAUCUUUUAGCGAUGAUGAGAGGGCAUCGGUAAAUCAUGUGGCAUGGAGUCCUGACGGAUCUCUAAUUGGCGUUGCAUACUCAAAAAACAUCGUCCAUAUCUAUUCCUUUGAUGGGGGCAAUGACAUACGCAAUCAUCUGGAGAUUGAAGCUCAUACAGGAAGUGUUAACCAUCUUGCCUUUUCAUAUCCUAACGAACAACUAUCUGUUGUUACUUGUGGCAAUGACAGACUCAUUAAGGUUUGGGACGCUUUUACGGGGGCUAAACGGUUAACUUUUGAGGGCCAUGAAGCUCCUGUGCUCUCUGUUUGUCCUGACCAGAAGAAAAAUAUUCAGGUUAUCUUGUCAACAGCAACUGAUGGAGAAAUAAAAGGUUGGUUUUAUGAUGAUGUUGGUGCGAGUGUUACCUAUGACGCACCUGGCCAUUCUUCGACCAGAAUGGCAUUCAGCAGUGAUAGAGCAAGGUUGUUUUCCUGUGGUACAAACAAAGAAGGAGAGUCAUUCUUAGUCGAGUGGAAGGACGGUAAAGGCUCCAUAAAAAGAACAUAUCAAGGCCUUGGACAACGUGCUGUAGGGAUUGUACAAUUUGACACGACCAAGAAUAGAUUCUUAGCUGCUGGCGAUGAGUCGACUAUCAAAAUUUGGGACAUGAACAACACAAAUCUUCUGACAACUAUUCAUGCAGAUGGUGGCUUACCGGCUUCUCCUUGUGUUAGAUUUAAUAAGGAAGGAACACUUUUAGCUGUCUCAACCAGUAACCAUGGUGUUAGAAUUCUCGCUACUGAUGAUGGAUUAAAGUUUCUGAAAACAGUAGAAAAUCGCACGCUUGCCACUAAGGUUCCUGGAGGUGGAGGUGGUGGUUUUGGUUCUUCAAGUGCAAAUGCAGGAAUAACUAUGGCAGAUCAAUCUACCUCUUUUGCAGCUAUGAAGAAAAAUGAAGUGCGACCUCUGGCUGAUGGGAAGCCCAGAACCUCUAAUGUUUCAGGCGAAGGAUAUACAAAGUGGAAAGUUACAGAGAUUACAGAGCCAUCUCAGUGCUACUUCUUGAGGCUCCCCGACAAUGUGACAGACACGAAGGUUUCCAGAUUAAUCUACACAAAUUCUGGCUCUGGAGUAUUAGCCUUGGCAUCUAAUGCAGAGCACAAGUUGUGGAAAUGGCAGAAUAGCGAUCCUAAUCUGGCUGGAAAGGCAACGGCUAAUACACAUCCAGUAUUAUGGAAACCUAAAAGUGGGAUUACGAUGAUUAAUGAGACAAGUGAUAAAAACCCGGAAGAGGCUAUUCCUUGUCUUGCCCUCUUAAAGGACUCCUACCUUGUGUCAGCUUCAGGCGGGGGAAUCUCUGUGUUCAACAUGGUGACCUUCAAGGUGAAUAACCGUAUCUUCCUUGUAAAAUUUCAUUAAAGAUGUGAAAAUGUUUAAUGCUCUAAUAUGAUGUAUAGACUGCAAAGACGUACAUGUAUCCACCGUCUGCACCAACAUUCGUUGCGUUUUUUCCUUCAGAUGUGAAAAAGUCAGUUUUGUCAUUUGUGAUGCUUUGAGAGAUUUACAUGGGGUUUGUAUUAUAUUCAAUUAUACCCCCUAA